AUGGAAGAGGCCUCUCCGUUCUCGUCGCUGGAGCACGCAACAUCAUUCGCAAGAGACCUGUGGUUCAACACGUUGCCAAUUCAGUCAUGGCUGGAUACAUUCUCAGCACACAUGCACAUAGGUGAUGCUAUUACUAUUGUGCAUGGAGAUAUUUGGACGGGAUUGCUUCAAUUCGCAAUAAAGUACCACAAGAAAUUCGUCUUCGGGUUCGUAACUAGCACGAACCUGUUUCUUUUGCAACAAAUACUGGAGGAGGUGCAGGCACGCUAUGAGAAUAGUCUGAAUAUUAAACUUGAAAUUGCGUCUCGGGAGGAAUUCACUCUUAUAGAAAGAAGUCUUACAAAACUUUGGGAACACGGAACUGGCGGAAGGAAGCGCAGAUGGAAUUGCCGCUUGUCUGAAGGAAGCGCAGAUGGAAAUGCCGCUAUUUUGAAGGAAGCGCAGAUGGAACUGCCGCUAGUCUAA